AUGCUUCUGCGUUUACCGUCUAGCCUCCAUUACCCGAUCACCGUAACGUCGUUGCUCAAACAGCCCGGCGAUGCGGUGGAAAGGGACGAGGCGUUAUUCUGGUAUUCUUACCAAACGACCGUGACGGAGGGAGAUGGGCUGGGCAACAAGAAUGAAGUUCUGCGCAAGUUCCCGGCCAAGUUCGAGUCAACCGUUGAUGGAGAAAUCGUCCAGUGGAAGGUGAAUAAGGGCGAUGUGAUCAGGGGGCCUGUCGACGUCGUCGAGAUCGAUGAGCCAUGCGCUCACGAGGUCCAGUUUGGGGGACUCUGCGCAGAAUGUGGAAAGGAUAUGACCGAAUCGACGUAUAACACGGAAGUCACGGAUUCGAUGCGCGCGCCCAUUCAGAUGGCCCACGAUAACACGGCACUCACUGUGAGUGAGAGGGAAGCUACCCGAGUGGAGGAAGACGCGAAGCGCCGUCUUUUGUCGAACCGCAAGCUCUCGCUCGUGGUGGAUCUUGACCAAACAAUUAUCCAUGCUACUGUUGAUCCGACCGUUGGAGAAUGGAUGGAAGACAAAGACAACCCAAACCACCAAGCCUUGAGCGAUGUUCGAGCGUUUCAGCUAGUGGAUGAUGGCCCGGGAAUGCGCGGAUGCUGGUACUAUGUCAAGUUACGACCAGGACUAGAGUCGUUUUUGCAGAAUGUCGCGGAGCUCUACGAGCUGCAUAUCUACACUAUGGGCACUAGAGCGUAUGCACAGCACAUCGCAAGUAUCAUUGAUCCCGAUCGGAAUUUGUUUGGAGAUCGCAUUCUCAGUCGUGACGAGAGUGGCAGCUUGACGGCCAAGAACCUCCAUCGCCUGUUCCCCGUGGAUACCAAAAUGGUGGUCAUUAUUGAUGACCGUGGGGACGUUUGGCGCUGGAGCCCCAACCUCAUCAAGGUGUCCCCCUACGAUUUUUUCGUUGGCAUCGGGGACAUUAAUUCGAGCUUCCUUCCCAAGAAGCAAGAGCUAGAAGCCAAAAACGAAGCGGCAAAGCCGGCCCUGCCGGCACCCAAACCAGCCCCGUUGGAGCAACAUCAUGUCAAUGGGACGACGACAAAAGUGGGAACGAACGAGGAGGUGUCGACAUUGGAACAAUUAGUGACCAUGGGCGGAGGAGACAACCCGAGGUUGUUGCAAGAGCAGAGUGAUGCGCAGGAGGAAACCAUCAUGCACCAGGUCGAGGAUCGGCCGUUGCUGCAAAAGCAAAAGGAACUGGAUGCCGAGGACGAUGCGGCCGAGAGCAGCGAUUCGUCUACGAGCGUAGAUGAGUCGCAAGAUCCUAGCAAGCAACGGCACCAUCUACUGGAGGACCAUGACCGGGAGCUCUUUGAGCUAGAAGGACGACUCGAGCAAGUACAUAAGCAGUUCUUCGAGGAGUAUGAAAAGAAGCGCCUAGGGGCAUUGGGUGGACGAGUGGCCGCUCUGAGAGGCGAGAAGACGCCGUCGAAGGACAGGGAUGUGGACUUGAAGUUGGUUCCUGAUGUGAAGGAUAUCAUGCCGCAAAUUAAACGCCGAAUCCUUGGCGGAGUAGUCCUGGUGUUCUCGGGAGUUCUUCCUCUGGGGACAGAUACCCAGAACGCGGACAUCUCUCUGUGGACGAAGAGUUUCGGGGCCGCCAUUUCCCAAAAUAUUAACCUCAGGACUACCCACCUGGUUGCCGGCCGAAAUCGCACUCAGAAGGUCCGAGAAGCCACGCGAUAUCCGAAAAUCAAGAUUGUCACGACCCAGUGGCUGCUGGAUUGUUUGACACAGUGGAAACGGUUGGACGAGGGGCCGUACCUGCUUCCCGUACACCCCGAUGACCAAGGCGAGCCGAUUGACCCUGGCUCGUCGUGGCCUUCGUCGUCUGACGAGGGAACAGGCACGCUCUGGACGGAUGAAGAGGGCGGCGGUUCGGAAUCUACGGAAGACAUUCUCAAAUCCUCAGGGCUUGACGAGACCUCGCAGAUCGGUUAUGAUGUCGACCAGCAAGCCGCCAUUCACGAGGAGCUGAAGGAAUUUCUGGGGAGCGACGACGAAAGCGAAAGCGACAAUGAGUCCUCUUUCUUGGCGGACGACGCCACGGCCGCGGCACCGGGCAAGAAACGAAAACGCGGCGAAGGACCAGGUGAUAGCGAGGAUGACUCGGAAGAUCAAGACAGCCAGGGCGAAGACGGAGGUGACGUGCAAGGUUCGCGCUUAUCGCAGCGGAUCAAACGGUCGUAUGAACGAAGCACCGGACUGCGGGCCGUGGCCAGCGCCGAGUCGUCCCAGGACUUGACCCAGCGUGACGACGACGACGAUGAUGACACACCCCGGCCCGAACCCAGAGAGUCGUCAGCCAGGUUCCCCGAAGACCCAGCGGACGACGACGACGAGCUGGAGCGGGAGAUGAUGGCGGCCUUUGGGGAGGAAAGCGACCCGGACUAUGACCCCCCUACUACUGCGGAGCUGCCAUCUUCCGCCGACAAGUAG